AUGGACAAAGGAGACAGUUUUGAUAUGGAAUGGGAAGACGACAUCAAUAACAACCUCUGAGAGCCAGUUGCUGACUUUAUAGACGCCGGAGCAUCAGCGAUUUCUUCUUUCCCAAUCAACAUAAAAUCCUCAGGCACAAAUACCAAAGCAGUUUCAUUCACUGUCACAUCUAACUAUGAUGCAUCUGCCUACACAUAUACAGGCUUUACCGAUUAUAAAAGCACUCGAGAAAACUACUCUUAUGAGCCUCUUAACGCUGAACUGCGGCAGCGUAAAGAAGGCACUCCUGUAGGCUUGAAAAACAAAGGCAGCACUUAUUUUUUCAAUUCUUUGAUACAAACUUAUUUUAUGAUUCCAAAACUCGUUCAAGAAAUCCUUCAGUUUAAAGUCCAUCCUGCUCAAGAAAAUUCUGAAUCAGGAAUAAAGCAAGCAAGCGUUAAAUUGGUCCAAGAAUUGCAAAAACUGUUUGCGUUCAUGAUAAGAAGUAAUAAAAAAUACGUUGACCCUGCAGGUGUAUUAUAGAAUUUUUUAGUGUAAAUAAUAAAAAAAAAAAAAUGGGUUAUAUUUUAUUAAAUUUAAUGAGAAAAAGGAUAGAUGCAAUUGUGGAUGAUUUUGGCAAAAAAGUAUUUAUUGGGAUGAACACAGAUAUAGGGGAAUUCAAUAUGACUCUUGUAGCAAGAAUUGAAGAAGGAUUAAAAGCAAAAUUUCCACCUGCAGCAGCAAGCAAGACUGAAGCACCAGAAGCUAUAGAAAAAACACUUAUGAAAAAAUGACUCAGCUCAUUGCUAGGGGCUAAUCUAGCAAGCCAAGGAUACGUUUCUCAGCUAUUUUAUGCAAAACAGCUAGAUAUAGUAACUGCUACUAAUGAAGAUGGAAGCCCAUUUCUCCUCAGAAAACCCUCACUCCCCCCCGUUUAAAUUGGAGCAAAAUAUAGGUAAAUUUCCACUUUUUUGGUAAAUUAACCCCCCUUAAAAUUGGAACAAAAAUUUAAUUUUAUAAUAAAAAAUUUUAUAUAUAUAAAUCAUAAUUUUUAUGUAAAAAGUUUUGAUAUAAUUUAAAUGUUUCUUCUUAACUAAAAUUAAAAAAAUUUAGUUGUAUCCUGCUCUUGUUUAAAGAAUAGAGUAUAAAGAGCAUCUUAUUUAAAUAAAUUUUAUUAUCCUUAAUUGUAAAUUUUUAAAAACAUUUAAUUUUUUGUUUUAAAAAAAUUUUAUUUUUUUGAUAAAAAUGUAAUUUUUUAUUUAAAUAGCUUUGAUAUAUACGAAUUCUUUACAAAAAUUCAAAAUUUACUUAUCUCUUGCUUUAUUUUAAAGAAUAGAGUAUAAAUAACAUCUUAUUUAAACAAAAUUAGCACUUUGAUUAAUAAAUUUUCUAAAAUUUUUUUUUUUUAAUGUUUUUUGAUCAAUAAAAAUAAUAAUUUUUGCGUAAAUAGUUUUGAUACCAAUUAAUAGUGGCGCAUUAAUUAAUAAUAAAAUUUUAGUUUAUAUCUUGCUUUGUUUUAAAGGAUAAAAGAGUAAUUAUCAUUUCAUUAAACAAAUUUAUUAAUCUAAUUCGAUAACUUUUUGAAAUUUUUUUUUAUAAAAAAUUUUUCUUAACCCCCCUUUAAAUUGGAACAAAAUUUUUAGAUCCAAUUUAAAGGGGGGGGAGUCAGUCUUUGGAAAAAUCGAGCUAAGUGUAUAUGAAAAAAAUUUAUAUAGUGCUUGGGAUACUUUAAAUUACUCAAAAACCGAUGAAUAUUGGAUUGAGGAAUACAAAACUUCAGCUAUAAAAGAAAAAUGGAUUGAAAAACUCCCAGGGAUGCUGCUAUUUCAAAUAAAUAGAACUUAUAUUUCUGGCAAGGAAAAGUAUAAAUGCUAUAACCAAUUUUCAUUUCCAAAAAUUAUUUACCCAGACAGAUUUCUGCUCGAAAAUAAAGAACUAAGCAUGAGUAGGAGGAAUAUUUUGUCUGAUUUAAUUGAAAAAUGCAAAGAACUUGAAGCUGCUAUUGAUAUAUUAAGUUACUUUAAUCUUCAAAAUAUUAUAAUUUUUAUUAUCUUAAUUUUAUAUAUAAAAAUAAGUCCAUCAUAAUAAAAAAAUAAUUAAAUUUAAAUAAAUUCAAAAUAAAUUUAAAAAUUAUAAAAGUGGCGGAGUCAGCCUUGAUGUCCUUUUUGAAGAGACCGGAAAGCUACUAGAAGAGCAAUUUAUCCCUCGAGAUGAAAUAGAAAAUCCUUACCCCGACUUGCAGCUUUGGGUGCCUGAAAAUUUAGGGAUGAGUCCAGAUUUUCUUGAUGAAAUUUCUCCAGUGAAAGAAUAUUUAACAAUUCUUGCAUCAAAUGCCAGUGAAAAAGUAAAAGAUAUGGAACGUCAGCUUGAAGAGCUGACAAUGCAAAUUCAGAGCAUUUAUGAUAUUGAGGAGCUAAAAAAGCACCAAUACCAUUUACAUUCUAUUAUAAUUCAUGAUGGAUCUCUAGGCUCAAGCUAUUAUUAUGCUUAUGUUUUUGAUGCAGAAUAUGAGCAAUGAAGAAAAUAUAACGACAUUUAUGUAAACGAUGUCACUGAAAAAGAAGUCAUGGAGUAUGCAACUGGUGGAAAAGACCAAGCAACUGCACACUGCUUAAUUUAUAUUGACAAUUCUCUAAUCCCAAAAAUACCGAAAGGCUUACUAAGGAGCUAUACACUUAGCAGCAAGACAGAACUUGUCACAGAUCAUUAUAAGUCUCUCAUUUCUAGUGAACUUAAACAAAUAGUUGAAGAAGACAAUCAAAAAUAUGAGGAAGAGCUUAUGGAGUUUAAAGUUUCAAGCCUAGUAAGAAGAAUCACUGAUUUUUAUGCUAUGAGACAAUCCCAAGCUUUUGCUCAAUUUCUUUCAUUUAGAAACAAAAAGCAAGGAACCAAAGAGUUCACGAGGCAUGAAUUAAUUAAUUUUGCUGUAUGACUCAAAGUCAGAGGUGAGGAACAGCUGAGCAGAUGGUUUAUUUUGGACUUGGCUGUAAAAGAUUGCACACCUGACAAAAGAAGUUUUGAAAUGCUGAAUGAAGAUGAAAUUCUCUAUGUAAGACUGAAAAAACAGCUUAAAAUAAUUAGAGAGCCUCCUUUUAUAGUCGUUUUAACUGAAGAAAAUAAACAGACGUUAGAAAGAGAAAAAGCAGCAUUUUACAAGGCAUAUUUUCAAGCAUCACUCUGUACUUAUAUAAUGGAAAAUUUAGUCCAAGACAACUUAAUAGCUGCAGCUCAUGGAAUAGUAUGAAUUUUAUCGUUUGGCCAAGGCGACCCAUCAGAGUAUUUGCAUCAAAUUUAUAAGCUAAACCAAGCUUUAACGUUGAGAAUAACAUCUCAUAUUAUUAAAUGCUUAAAAUCCAAGAAAAAUGAUGGGCUAAUUAAACUAGCCAAUUAUGGAGCAUUUUUAGUGUCAAAAUACUUUGAAAAAUCUAACCCAUUUUAUGAGCAGUUCCAAAGAAGACUAAAAUCAGCCUCAAUAUUAGCAGAAAAUGAGCAUAAUGGAAAUUCUGAAGCAGCCCAAACUUUAUGCAUUUUUAGAUGAUAUUUGCAGCAUUUUUUGGUAUUUUUUUUAAAUUAUUUAUUACUAUAAAUUUACUAUAAAUAGUAUAAAUAAAAUCAGCGAAGAUUUAAGCAGCAGCCAAUAUAGCUACGAAUUCGAAAAAGAAGAAAUUCCAGAAUCUUUAAAAACAAUUGAGAAAAAGUUUGAAAGCUUUGACUACUUUUCGUGGAUCGAAGGCUGGCGCAAAGAAGAAGUUGCAAAUUCUUUUAUCAGCGCCCAAACAAGCCUAUCGAAAUCCAAGUUCAACUUAUGGAUAUCCCUCAGUGAAAAACUUACUUCCAAUGGUCCAAUUGAUGACUAUGAGUUUGAUCAAGCCGACAGUUUAUCAAGUGACGAAGAGUCCCAAUAA